AUGUCAUUAUUUCGAUCAUUACAACAUCAACCUCGUGUGAUAACACUUUUUACACAUAGUCUACAACAAAAUUCGAGCCAAAGGAUCCUUGAGUCUUUAAGGGCCAAUACAUCAGGCAAAUUCAAAUUCGAACUAGAGAGUAAAUUUCCAACUUUAGACCAACUGAGGUACAUGCAAUCUGUUAAUCCAACUAUUCUCUCAACACAAGUACCAAAUGUGAAAAGUGUCUUGGCGAAGCCAUCUCACGACCCUCUUUUUCAAAGUGAAUUAGAGAAAUGUGUAAAAGGGGGUCAGUGGAAUCCCAACAGCUCAAUGUGGGUCGAUUGGGAGCAACAGCGCAUGGGUAAUGAACGAUAUGAAUGGUAG